UCCACCGGAGUUUCCUGCUGAAGCCCAGGUUAUGGGGAUGCACUCUGAUUCUUUAUUAGUUUAUUUGAUUUUAGCAGUACUCAUUUGUUUCACAUCUGGAGAAACAGAAGUGAAGUUCAGUGGACAAACAGAGUUUGUAGUUAAUGAAACAAGUACAACAGUGAUACGCCUUGUAAUUGAGAGGACAGGAAAGCCUGCUAACGUCACAGCAAUUGUGUCGAUUCAUGGAGAAGACACGGGAGACUUUUUUGACACAUACGCAGCUGCAUUUAUACCUGACACAGAAACAAACCGAACAGUGUAUAUAUCUGUUUGUGAUGAUGACCUUCCAGAGGCAGAUGAGACAUUCACAUUUUACUUGACACUACCAAAACAAUCUGCAAAGAUAAAGCUUGGCUCACCCAAGACUGUCACUGUAACAAUCUUAUCUAAUGACAAUGCCUUUGGAAUAAUUUCCUUUAAUAUGUCUGCCUUAAUCACUGUGAAUGAGCCCCAGGGCAGAAAUGAAUUUGUGCCUCUUACUCUAAUUAGAGAGAGGGGAACAUAUGGGACAGUCGUUGUAACUUUUGAGAUAAAAGAUGGUCCAAACCCAGCCGAAGAAGACUUUAGUCCAGCCAAGGGUAACAUUACGUUUGCUCCUGGAAAAUCUGUACUGAUUUAUAAUUUAACUGUGCUUGAUGAUCAGAUACCUGAAAAUGAUGAAUUGUUUGUUGUUUAUCUGAGGAGUGUGGAAGGAGGAGCUGAAAUCAACACUACAAAAAACUCCAUUCAGAUUAUUGUUAGGAAAAACGACAGCCCUGUGCGAUUCAUUCAGAGCACUUACAUGGUACCUGAGGAAGCUGAUGUACUAAGAAUUCAAGUGGUUCGUGGUAAAGAUGACAGCGGAAAAUUAAUUGGACCUGAUGAUUGUGAAGUAUCUGUCACUUACACCAUCAUAACUGGGAAUUCAACAUCACAUGCACAGCUUAAUUUAGAUUUCUUAGAUCUACAGCCAAAUACAACUAUUGUUUUCCCACCCCUAGUUCAUGAAACAUAUAUAAAAUUCAAGAUUCUUGAUGAUGCCAUACCAGAAAUCGCUGAGACCUUUCAGAUUGUUCUUCUCAAGGACACUUUACAGGGUGAUGCUGUUUUGGUUAAUCCAUCUACUGUUCAUGUCACCAUCCAACCGAAUGAUAAACCCUAUGGAGUACUUUCAAUCAACAGUAUCCUGUUCGCUCAGAUUGUUAUUAUUGACGAAGACAAAAUUUCAAGGUUUGAAGGGAUCACAAUAGUAAGAAAUGGUGGAACACAUGGAAACGUUUCUGUGACCUGGGUUAUAAUCCGAAAUAGCAGUGAUCCCUCACCUGUGACUGCAGACCUCAUUCCAGAGACUGGGGAAAUAUAUUUUGAUCAAGGACAGAUGCUGGUUACACUUCCUCUGAACAUUCUUAAUGAUGAUAUACCAGAAGAAGCAGAGCCCUAUCUUCUGCAGCUCCUAGCUCAUACUGUACAAGGAGGUGCAGAAGUCAGUGAACCAUCUGAGCUUUUGUUUUACAUUCAGGACAGUGAUGAUGUUUAUGGCCUGAUAAAGUUUUACCCAUUGGAGAAUCAGAAGAUUGAAAGUAAUCCAACAGGACGCUUUUUGUCCUUGAGUUUUGCAAGGGAGAGAGGAACAGUUGGAGAUGUGCAGUUAAUUUAUACUGCACUGUAUAUUCCAGCUGGAGAUCUGGAUCCUGAGAGAGCAAAAGAUGGCAUUCUAAAUAUCUCUAGAAACAACAUUCUCACAUUUCCAGAAGGAAAAACACACGAAACUCUAAAUAUACCAAUAAGAAAUGAUGCAUUUCUUCAAAAUGGUGCUCAUUUUCUCAUACAGCUCAAAGGAGUUGAACUAGUGAAUAAAAUUCCUCUGGUCCCUUCUGUAAGUCCUCGACUAGGUGAGAUUCGAAAUAUUUCUCUCAGGAUUACUCCUGACAUUGCAAAUGGAGAAAUAGGCUUUAUUAGCAAUCUUCCGAUUAUUCUUUCUGAGCCAGAAGAUUCCCCUGCCACAGAGGUUUCUAUUGCAUUGCAUCGAGAUGGGACUGAUGGUCAAGCAACUGUGUUCUGGAGUUUGAAACCCUCUGGUAUCAACCAAAAGGCAGUAACACACGAUGAUAUAAGUCCCUUUAAUGGCUCUGUCAUUUUCUUAUCUGGACAAAGUGAUACUACAAUCAACAUUACUAUUAAAGCUGAUGAUAUACCUGAAAUGAAUGAAACAGUGUUAUUAACUUUGGACAGGGUGAUUAACAACAUAGUCUUCUGCUAAUGAGAAUGCAGUGGUGUUGCUGAAGAAUGAUAUUCUAGUCUCCUUUCUACAGUAGAUCAGGAUUAUGGGGUAACCCAGACUGAAAGGGACGUCGGGUAGCAAUACUAUCUACAUUUGAAUGCUUCUCAGAACACUGAGAAGUAGUUUAUAUCCAGGAGUGUAUUCCCUCUUUGAGUUACUAACAGGAAAAUUAUGACUUCUUUACAUUUUCCAACAGCUUGCCACUCAUGUUCUCAUAUUACUCAUAUUAUGAGAUAUACUCGUAUCUCAUGUUAUUAGUAUAAGGUCCAAAAACCUUUUCUACUUUCGCUGGAAACGUACAGUGGUCUGCCUCCAGCAGCUUCCACGUUGAACAUCUACUUAACCUCAUCCAAAAGAAGUGGGUUUUUGUGUGUGUGUGUGUUUGUGUGUGUGUGUGUUUUUUUACAGGAAGUGAUAACUAGCUCUUAGGAAUUUCAACAGCAGAUACCCAUGGUGAUUAUACAUUAGCAAACGAAAGGCAAGGAGGUCUUCAAGCUAUUGUUGAUUAGAAAGUGGUCAAUUCAGAGAGCAUGCUUUUUUUAACAGCAAAGAUGUUACUCCAUUGCAGGAUUGGCUUGCUUCAUUAAACAAUGACUAGUUAACGCAUCUGACUUAGAAUGAUUUAUUCCAAACUACCUUGGCUAGCCAUUACAUUAAAAGGUGAAUCCUGAACAAGACAAAAACGGCAGGAGACUAUUGUAAAUAGUUCUCUGCUUUUCUUUCUGUGGAUAAAACUGGUUUGAAGGAAUUCAUUAGUCUCAAUCACAAAAGAGGGACAGUAGGAGUUAAAUGAUGGCUAAACUUGUGAGUGCAAGGUUGCCAAGAAUGCAGAGUGGAAUGAAAGGAAACAAUUAAGUAGACAGUUGCGAUGUUUGUUUAUUUGCUUGUUUUCUCAAUUCUGACAGCUGUGCAGAUAUAUGAAGCCACGAUUUUUUGCUGUUUAUUCUGUGCAGUCUCACUAUAGGCUAUGUUCCAGGAAGCUGGA